CCACCCUCCUGUGACCUCUCCACCCUCCCCACCCCCCAUUUGACCUUACAUCCUUGAGGUCCUGAAUGUGUGAUUCAGGCCUUUCAGCCCUUUCCAGAACUUUGACCCUUUGGAGGCAGGGCAGUUCUGGAGGGGGAGGUCUAGCCCCCAGCUACAGUUCGCCUGAGCCGCCCUGAAUAACCAGCAGAAAGAGCUGGAGGCUGUUUCCCUGCAAUCUGGAGUCCCUGCGCUCCCAGCUCUAAAUCCCAGCCUGCCCUGGGGGCUGCCCGCCCCCUUUUGUGAUCUUGUGCGCAAGAGAGAGAGAGACCUGUCCUAGCAGGGGGCCUGGACUACAUCUCCCGGCGUUCCCGGCUGAGUGGAGGCCUCUGUGCGCCGUCUGCACCGGUUGCAGGCGACGAUGCGGCAGGCAGUGAGCAUGGUGGCCCGUAUGGGCUUUCGCCUGCAAGAACUCCCCUGUGUCCUGGGUCGUCAGCUCAGUUGCGCACAGGAUGUGCUCCGCCGGACACCGCUCUAUGAUUUCCACCUGGCCCACGGCGGGAAAAUGGUGGAGUUCGCUGGUUGGAGUUUGCCAGUGCAGUACCGAGACAGUCACGUUGACUCACACCUGCACACACGCCAGCACUGCUCGCUCUUUGAUGUGUCUCACAUGCUGCAGACCAAGAUACUUGGUAGUGACCGAGUGAAGCUGAUGGAGAGUAUAGUGGUUGGAGACAUUGCGGAGCUAAAGCCAAACCAGGGGACACUGUCACUAUUUACCAAUGAGGCUGGAGGCAUCUUAGAUGACUUGAUUGUGACCAACACUUCUGAGGGGUACCUGUAUGUGGUGUCCAACGCUGGCUGCUGCGACAAGGACUUGGCCCUUAUGCAGAACAAGGUCAGGGAGUUUCAGAACAAGGGCAGUGAUGUGGGUCUGGAGGUGGUGGAUAAUGCCCUGCUAGCCCUGCAAGGACCCACUGCGGCCCAGGUGCUGCAGGCUGGCGUAGCAGAUGACCUGCGGAAACUGCCCUUCAUGACCAGUGCUGUGAUGGAAGUAUUCGGCGUGUCCAGCUGCCGUGUGACCCGCUGUGGCUACACAGGAGAGGAUGGUGUAGAGAUCUCGGUGCCAGCAGCAGGGGCAGUCCACCUGGCAACAGCUCUGCUGGAAAACCCAGAAGUGAAACUGGCAGGGCUGGCGGCCAGGGACAGCCUGCGCCUGGAGGCCGGCCUCUGCCUGUAUGGGAAGGACAUUGAUGAACGCACCACACCUGUGGAGGGCAGCCUUGGUUGGACAUUGGGAAAGCGCCGCCGAGCUGCUAUGGACUUCCCUGGAGCCAAAGUCAUUGUUCCCCAGCUGAAGAGCAAGGUGCAGCGGAGGCGUGUGGGGCUGAUGUGUGAGGGGGCCCCCAUGCGCGCACACAGUCCCAUCCUGAGCACAGAGGGUACUGUGAUUGGUACUGUGACCAGUGGCUGCCCUUCACCCUGCCUGAAGAGGAACGUGGCCAUGGGUUACGUGCCCUAUGAGUAUAGUCAGCCAGGGACACUGCUGCUGGUAGAGGUGCGGCGGAAGCAGCAGAUGGCUGUGGUCAGCAGGAUGCCCUUUGUACCCACAAACUACUACACUUUAAAUCCACAGUCCCACUGACCCUACUCCUCCCUGCUGGAGGACAAUGAGAAGCACUGGUUCUGCCAUCUCUCCCACUCUGCCAGGUGCUGAUUGUGAAGCGAAGUCUCACUUUUGUGGGGAAGAUAAAACCUGCCCAACCUACCUCACUAUGGUUUCUCACAUUGCAAGGGUUAUUACCAUGGGCAGUGUGGGUUUAGGCUACCCUCUCCAGUUUGCUUUCCAUGAAUGCAAACUGCUGCCUCUCCCUGGGCAGGAAUGAUUCCUGACUCACCGAGGGUUGGCUCCGUACGGCUCCUGUGCCUGUGUGUAAACUUGGGGAUGGCUGAGGGAACAUGAACUCACCCUUCCACAUUCCCAAGUAGGCCUAGCCUGCUGCUCACCACCUAUUCUGAGCCCCAGGGCUGCUGUAAGGCAGGCUGGGCCUCCUCCUGGACUUGCCUUACCCUGGGCUGACCUUCACCCCAGGGGCCCAUUACUGGACUGGAAUCCUGAAAAAAUAUUAAAUGAACUUCCUUCUUGU